UGACACUUGUUCACCUGCAAAGUAGGAACACUUCUUGACAGCGGUACUGACUCGGGCAGAACAUUUGCCUACUAGUGGCAGUAAGUGACAGUUGUUUCGCGGAUAUCUCCAGGCAUUUGCGUAUUUCUUGCAGCUUGCAGAGUACACAUCGGCAGGCCUCGCUAAUUGAUUGGAAGAUAGCAGAGGGACUGAGGAGAAGCGCAGAGAAGCUACUGUGUGACCUCGUACUACUAGCACUAUUCAUCUAGGCGCAGUUUGUGACUGUGUUGACAAACGCCAUGCCGCAAGCCCUGCCACACGAGGCAGCGAGUGCCUCGAUUGAAGGCCGAAAAGAAUACGGAAUGGGCGGCAGCUCGUUCGGAAUGUUCGACGAUGGGUUGGGCCCGUCCUGGAAAUUUUGGAAGAGAAGACGUUGCGUGGUCGCUGUUCUCGCCUUCUUCGGCUUUUUCAGUGUGUACGCACUCCGCGUCAACCUCAGCGUCGCCAUUGUUGCCAUGACGACUCUCAGAAACGAGACACUGAAGAAUGGCACAACCAUUCUUACUGCAGAUUUCGACUGGGACUCCAAGACUCAGGGUUUGGUCCUGAGUUCAUUCUUCUAUGGUUACAUCGUAACCCAGAUCUUGGGAGGCUGGCUGGCUGGUCGGCUUGGAGGCAACAGGGUGUAUGGGAUAGGCGUGGCUGCCACAGCGGUUUUCACCCUACUGACACCCCCUCUUGCUAACGCCAGCGUUUACCUGCUGGUAGCAGUCAGGGUGAUAGAGGGGCUCUUCGAGGGCGUUACGUAUCCCUGUAUGCAUGCAGUGUGGGCGCGAUGGGCGCCCCCUUUAGAGCGCAGUCAGCUCGCCAGUUUUGCUGGCUCUGGCAGUCACGUGGGCACCGUGAUUUCUCUGCCACUUGCGGGUCUUCUCGCCAAGAACUUCGGCUGGCCCUCUGUCUUCUAUGUGUUCGGGGCGGCGGUGAUUGUUUGGUUUUUCAUCUGGUGGAAAGUUGUGAAGAGCGGACCUGAACAAGACCCACAUAUCUCUCCUCAAGAACUGAAAUAUAUCCAAGAUUCGCUGGGAAACUUUUCCCACAAGGAUGUGAAACACCCCUGGGGUCAAUUUCUAAAAUCUCCCGCUGUCUGGGCGAUUAUCGUCGCACACUUCAGCGAGAACUGGGGCUUCUACACGCUGCUCACUCAGCUGCCAACAUUCAUGAAAGAUGUGCUGCAUUUCAAACUGGAGAAAUCUGGGUUCAUGUCCGCGGUGCCGUACCUGGUGAUGGCCAUCGUCCUUCAGUUCUCUGGGCGCUUGGCAGACUGGCUGCGAGCCAGGAAGAUCCUUAGCACCACGCAGGUCAGGAAGCUGUUCACGUGCGUAGCGUACCUCAGCCAGACGGUCUUCAUGCUCCUGGCAGCCUUCCUUCUAACACCUGUUGGCUCCGUCGUCUUUCUUUCCGUUGCUGUUGGACUUGGUGGCUUCGCCUUAGCUGGCUUUUUUGUGAAUCACCUGGACAUUGCACCUCAACACGCUGGCGUGCUCAUGGGGCUGUCCAACUGCGUGGCCACUUUGCCGGGCAUUGUCAGUCCUGUUGUUACGGGCUUCAUCGUGCAAGAUAAGAGUGCGUCCGAGUGGCAGAUUGUGUUCUACAUAGCAAGUGCCGUCUAUCUGGUAGGGGCCGUGGUGUACGGUCUGUGCGCUUCAGGAGAAGUGCAGAAGUGGGCUAUGGUAGAAGAUCGGACGGACGGUAAAGAAGAUCAGUGUUACUCCAACAAAGCUAUGGAAUCUGACGCACUAUAACAUCAGAAUGUCGCCAGAGAUAUGAUAGAGAGCUCCUAACUCGAAAGUUCCUGUUGUACGAGCCACACACGCUCCUGAGUUGUUCUCAGGGCUGCGUUUCUGUAUUAACAUUGUGAUGGAUAUGAGUGUCCUCGGGAUAAUACCAACAUUACCCUGGACACAGGGCUGGACUUCACACCCCAGAUGAACCAAGGAACUGCAUGCGAUGAAGAGAUUUCUGGGGCGAUACAUUUUAUUAUCAUCCUACCCCACUCCCCUUUAUUUGGCUUUUAAAAUGAAGAUUAGAUUACGCUCUUUAAAAUGAAAAUUAAUUUCUGCUGCGCUUUUGUUCAUAUCGCGGCCGUUAAUUCGCAGUAAUCACGCAACAAUGGAAAUAUAACUGUGAACAGCACGCACUGGCAUUCUUGCGUAAUUGCGACUAUGGUGACGGGAGGACACAACGUUUUCAUAACUGUUUCUUUGCUGUUUUAAGAAUUACGACACAAUGGCGAUAUUCUUUUACCGUCUCUACGAAUUUUGUGUUAUCACUUGUGAUGAAGGCAGAAUCUCCUGUCUCCUUGGACAACAUUAAGUUAACAUCAACCCUUCUUUGGGUUGGGUAUACCGUCUGGGGUAGGGAGAACCAUUUCGCAGUUUAAUAACAAAAUGGAGGCAUGUAUGGAAAACUGUUAUAACUGUAAAGUACAUACCUAAUUACGCGUCGAAUUUCGAGGGUAACAUCAGGAAAUUUUGUAGGUUAGAAUACAAUGGGGGUGCUUGAAGAUACUUCAAGAAGUUCAUUGUAACAGUAUUACUAGUAGAACAGUCCAGAAAAAAAAACUAGGCAUAUGUUGUAUAGUGUCUAUUUUUAUCUUAGAUUAUGAGGUGUAGAAAGGAAAUACAAGCAUUGUAAUAAUGUAGGUAAAUUAUUGCUGAAAUUAUGCCUGUCUAUCCUCAGUCUUAUUUAAUGUUAGUCCCCCUCUCUCUCUUCUUGUGCAGCGACAAGUCGCACGCGCUGAGGCCAACACUGACAUGACCAGAACAAUUAGGGCGCACUCCGGCUCCUUA